AUGUCGCCUGUAGCUGAAAUAAUUCGUCCUCUGGUUAUAUCUGGUCCCUCUGGCGUUGGUAAAAGCACGCUUCUACAACGUCUCUUUACCGAGUACCCAGAUAAAUUUGGCUUCAGCGUCUCCCACACGACUCGAGCACCGCGUCCUGGUGAAACGGAUGGCAAGCAGUAUUACUUCAUCACCCGCGACACAUUUAAGCAAUUGCUCGGGGAGGGCGCAUUCAUUGAACACGCCGAAUUCUCCAACAAUUUGUAUGGAACCAGCUUCAUGACUGUGCGCGAGAUAUCGCAGAUGGGGCGGCGAUGUAUUCUUGAUAUUGAGGCGCAGGGUGUCCGCCAGGUUAAGAAGACAAAUUUGAAUCCAGUUUACAUGUUCAUAUCCCCUCCGUCUAUAAACACGCUGCGGACCCGACUGCGCUCCCGCGGAACCGAGUCGGAGACAUCUGUCGCAAAACGCCUUGCAACAGCGCUGAAAGAAAUCGAGUAUGCGAAGGAGGGUCCUCACGACUAUGUUAUAGUGAAUGAUGAUCUGGACAGGGCGUACGAGUUGUUGAAGCGCGUGGCCUUGGGGGAGGACAUCUCGAGUGAUUCGCUACCUCCAUUGAACGACUAG